AUGCCGCAGUAUUUUGCCAUCAUAGGAAAAAGAGACAACCCGGUUUAUGAGGCAGAGUUCACGGCACAACAGGGUCAACAGGGUCAGGUACAACAGGGCUUCCCACAGAAUCUGAAAGAGCUGAACCCUUUUAUCUUACAUGCAUCAUUGGAUAUUAUAGAAGAUCUACAAUGGAAGACAAAUCCAAAUACGCAGUCCGGAAGUAAUAGCGGUGGAGGCGGUGGAUUUCUUAGAUCGAGGAACGUUGCGAAUGUGGACAACUGUUACCUGUGUAAAGUAGAUCACUUCUACGGGUUAGCAGUUACCGCGUACUUGACAUACGGUGGGAUGAAGUUUGUAAUGAUUCAUGGGAAUAUGAAUAAUGGUGACGUUCAGAUCGAUGACAAUUCCGUGAGAGCUUUUUACCAAGAAGUGCAUGAACUGUAUAUUAAGACUCUAAUGAACCCAUUCUAUAAGAUUAAUGAUCCAAUCACUAGUCCGGCAUUUGACUCAAGAGUACGGGCAUUGGCAAGAAAGUAUCUGAAUAAAUAA